AUGAACCAACUAAUUCUGUCCUCCCCUUCUUCCUCUGGCUGCUCCGGCUAUUCCCAUUUGAAUCUCCAACAAACCCACCAACUCCAUGCCCAUUUCAUCAAAACCCAAUUCCAUAAUCCUCACCCUUUCUUCUCCCAAUCCCACUUCACCCCUGAAGCCAAUUACAAUCUCCUCAUUUCAUCUUACACCAACAACCACCUCCCUCAAGCUUCUUUAAACUGCUACCUCCAUAUGCGUACCAAUGAUGCUGCUGCUGCACUUGACAACUUCAUUCUCCCUUCGCUUCUCAAAGCUUGUGCCCAAGCUUCCUCUGCGGAUUUAGGCAGGGAACUCCACGGUUUUGCCCAAAAGAACGGUUUUGCUUCAGACGUUUUUGUGUGCAACGCUCUGAUGAACAUGUAUGAGAAAUGUGGGUGCUUGGUUUCUGCUAGCUUGGUGUUUGAUAAAAUGCCCGAAAGAGAUGUUGUCUCUUGGAGUACUAUGCUUGGGUGCUAUGUACGGAGCAAAGCUUUUGGUGAAGCGCUUCGACUCGUACGGGAGAUGCAGUUCGUGGGAGUGAAGCUCAGUGGUGUUGCUUUGAUUAGCUUGAUUGGUGUAUUUGGAAAUCUCUUGGAUAUGAAAUCGGGGAGGGCUGUUCAUGGUUACAUCAUGAGAAAUGUUGGUGAUGAGAAGAUGGAAGUUUCAUUGACGACUGCAUUGAUCGAUAUGUAUUGCAAAUGUGAAUGUUUAGCAUCAGCACAGAGGCUUUUUGACAGGUUAUCUAAAAGAAGUGUUGUCUCUUGGACGGUGAUGAUAAAAGGUUGUAUUCGCAGUUGCAGAUUAGUUGAAGGGGCAAAGAACUUUAAUAGAAUGCUUGAAGAAAAAUUAUUCCCCAAUGAGAUUACACUGCUAAGCUUGAUUACUGAAUGUGGUUUCGUGAAAACCUUGGAUUUGGGCAAAUGGUUUCAUGCGUAUCUGUUAAGAAAUGGGUUUGGUAUGUCUUUGGCUUUGGUCACUGCUCUCAUAGACAUGUAUGGAAAGUGUGGGCAAGUUGGAUAUGCAAGAGCUCUUUUCAAUGGUGUCGAGAAAAAGGAUGUUAAGAUUUGGAGUGCUUUGAUAUCGGCUUAUGCACAUGUGAGUUGCAUGGAUCAAGUUUUUAACCUCUUCCUCGAGAUGUUAGACAAUGAAGUGAAACCAAACAAGGUGACAAUGGUUAGCCUUCUUUCUUUAUGUGCUGAGGCUGGAACCCUUGACCUUGGCAAGUGGACUCAUGCAUACAUAAACCGUCAUGGGCUUGAAGUAGACGUCAUUCUGGAAACAGCUCUCAUCAACAUGUAUGUAAAAUGUGGAGAUGUGACAAUUGCUCGUAGCCUGUUUGAUGAAGCUACACAACGGGAUAUUCACAUGUGGAACGCAAUGAUGGCUGGAUUCUCGAUGCAUGGUUGUGGAAAAGAAGCUUUGGAACUCUUUUCAGAGAUGGAGAGCCAUGGUGUUGAACCUAAUGAUAUCACAUUCAUUUCUAUUUUCCACGCUUGUAGUCAUUCUGGAUUGGUAGUAGAAGGGAAAAAGCAUUUCAACAGAAUGGUUCACAACUUUGGAAUUGUUCCGAAGAUGGAACACUAUGGAUGCUUGGUGGAUCUUCUCGGUCGAGCUGGACAUCUUGAGGAAGCUCACAACAUCAUUGAAAAUAUGCCGAUGAGGCCUAACACAAUUAUAUGGGGUGCUCUGCUUGCUGCAUGUAAGCUGCAUAAGAAUCUGGCCUUGGGGGAGGUGGCUGCAAGAAAGAUUCUUGAAUUGGAUCCACAAAACUGUGGGUAUAGUGUUCUUAAGUCAAACAUCUAUGCAUCAGCAAAGCGAUGGAAUGAUGUAACAAGCGUUCGAGAAACAAUGAGCCAUUUAGGAAUGAAGAAAGAACCAGGACUCAGCUGGAUUGAAGUGAAUGGUUCAGUUCACCACUUCAAAUCUGGAGACAAGACAUGCACACAAACAACAAAAGUAUAUGAAAUGGUGGCCGAAAUGUGCAUCAAAUUGAGAGAGGCGGGAUACACACCAAACACAGCGGAAGUUUUGUUAAACAUAGAUGAGGAAGAGAAGGAAUCUGCACUCAGUUACCAUAGUGAGAAACUGGCUAUGGCGUUUGGUCUCAUAAGCACAGCUCCUGGAACACCGAUCCGAAUCAUUAAGAAUUUGAGGAUUUGUGAUGAUUGUCAUGCUGCAAUGAAGCUAUUAUCAAAAAUCUAUGCACGAACAAUAAUAGUAAGAGACAGAAACCGAUUUCACCACUUCAGUGAAGGAUAUUGUUCUUGUCUGGGUUAUUGGUAA